AUGCACAAGAAGUAUUGUAACGAAUGUUUGUUUUCGUUUUGUUUUAUUAACGUUCUUAAUAAAAAGUAUACUGUAUCUUUUUCUUCCGGUUUUACUGGGAAUUUUCCUUAUCCAACGAAUGUGGUAACACUUCAUUUAUAUCUACUUGAAGAUUCAGGUGCAGUUGUGUUGUCUUCGAAAUCGCUGCAGUUAACAUACAACAUUGAUUGUAUAGCAUAG